AUGCUAAAAUUAGAUAUUAUGGAGGUAAUGAAAAGUAAAUCUAUUUCAGCUAUCGAAGUAUCUAAAUUGUUAUUAUCUUUUGACCAAGGGAGAGAAUAUUUUUGCGACGGAAAAAUGACUGUGAGAAAAGAAGAAGAAACCGACCCUCCCACUAUUGGACGUUUAGAAGAAGAUGAUGACCGCAUGAUUAUCAAUGAAGAAGUAAAAAAUUUUUACCACGAUAUUUUGGGGCAUAUAGUCCGCGAAGUAGAACUAAAUGAAGAGAAAAAAAUGUUAAUUCUUUUUCCGCUAACUUCUAACCAUAAUCAACAAAAUGCUAAUUUUGUUAGUCAAAAUAAAAUUACUGCUCCUCGUCCUCCUUGUUUACAGAGUGAAUUUUAUCCUAACAGUUUUGUCAAUACUAAUCGUUUAGUAAUGGUUUCUCAUAAAGAUUUUUCUUAUUUAAAAUCUUGCUGA